AAAUUAUACAUAAAAAAAACAGUUUUCUGCUCUUAUUUUGAAAAUUCACACCGGAAGCCGUGUGUUCGUAAACGGGGUUUACUUUGACUGCGCUGUGAUAAAAGCUCAGUGUCCGCGAGCGCUCACUCAUAACAUUGAGCGCAGAGAGUUGACUGAGUCACGUGACCGCCCCCUCUCUCCCUCUCUCUCUCUCCCUGUCUCUCGCGGACACCAUGCCGGUCCUGGACCGCGUCUCGGACGUGCAGCUGGAGCGCUUGGUCGUGGACCGCAUCGUCCCGGCUCUGCUCGCCGACGGCUUCUGCCACGUGGACGGUUUCCUCGGGGCGUCGCUCGGGGACGCGGUGCUCGGGCAGGUGAAGCAGAUGCACCGCGGCGGCGCGCUGCAGGACGGCCGCCUGGCGGGCUCCGCCCCCGGCGUCCACCGGCGGACCAUCCGCGGGGACAAGAUCGCGUGGGUGAGCGGCAGCGAGCGCGGCUGCGAGGCGGUCAACGUCCUCCUGCACCGGCUGGACAAGCUGGUGUCCGCGUGCGCGCGCCGGAUCGGCAACAAGGCGAUCCGAGAGAGGUCAAAGGUAAAGUUCACGUCAAUCAUUUUAGCGUUUAUUUUUAAAGUUUUCAAUCGUUGUUGUUUUUACAAUCUGACGAUUGUUUUUCUCGAUUAA